AUGAUCCAGGAAACUUCUACCACAACUCUCUCAACUUCGUCAUCGACGUUCUCUUCAACCCAGGCCUCUUCUACUCUUCCUUUAAAAACUUCUACCACAACUUUCUCAACUUCUUCAUCAACGUUCUCUUCAACCCUGGCCUCUUCUACUCUUCCUUUAAGAACUUCUACCACAACUUUCUCAACUUCUUCAUCAACGUCUUCUUCCACCCUGGCAUCUUCUUCUUCUACUCUUCCUUACAGAACUUCUGCCACGCCUUUCUCAACUAAGACUUCAUCAGCAUCCUCUUCAACCUUGGCAUCUUCUUCUAGUCUUCCUUCCAGAACUUCUUCUACGACUUUCUCAACUGAGACUACUUUGAUGACUUCAUCUUCAACCUUGACAUCUUCUUAUUCUUCUUCUCUUGCUGCUUCUACAUCUAUCUCUUCAGCUUUUACGUCUACCUUUCCUUCUUAUUCUCCAAUGCAGAUCAGUUCUUCGAGUAUUUCGGAUCUGGUGGUGCUAGCUCUAAAAAUUAUCCUGGGACUAGUUUUUUGUCUCAGCAUUGUUUGUUUUGGUUUUUUAAAUACUAUUAGAAAAAUGUCCCCCCCCCUCACCUCCAACCUCGUACCAGCCAGUUUUAAGUCAGGAAACUGAAAUGAUUGAGAUGAUCGAAAUAUCAUUAAACUAAGUUUUUAAGUUAUUGACAC